AUGUUGUUCUUCCUAGCCGAUUCCCCUAUGCACGCCGAAAUCACCGCCACCCCCAACCCUGGGACAUCUCUGAAUCCCUGUCGAAUGUGCAAUUUACACGCCCCAUCAAAGCUAGACAAACGAUCACUAUCCUAUUUACUACAAUUUUUGCAGCUGGACUCCGAUGGAUUUCAUUCUCCCAACGUGCCACGCCAGUGGGAAAAAACCAUCGAGAACACAUACAACCUGUUCAACACGUACCUCACGGUUAACAUCACCGAAGUGAAGCGUUUGCGGCUUAUCUAUGGCGUUACCGAUUCGAUUAACAAUAAAUUUAUCGAUGGGAUCAGGAGCAAGUCACCAGUUGUGACAAAGAAGGCCGGUGAACUUAUUAAACCGAUCCAACAGAUAUGUUCAAUCCUUUCUUCAAGUUUCAAGGCUUCAAUGGCUGCACAGAUACUCCAGUUGAGAUCUUGCAUGUAUUCUUGCUUGGUGUUGUGA